AUGACCGUAUUUCCUGUCGCCGCUUUCAUCUCGCUCUUCCUUCUUCUCUUGACGGUGCCUCACCAUUGGCGAAUACGAAGCUUUGCCACGUUAUCGAUUAUCGCGUGGCUGGCGAUCCAUAACUUUGCGCAAGGGGUGAAUGCGACCAUAUGGGAAACCAAUGUCAAUCCGGGGGGGUUAGCAAUGAAGAUAUGGUGCGAUAUUGGCACAAAGCUCUCUGUGGGAGCGAAGGUCGGCUUACCUGGGUCCUGUUUAUGCCUCCAGAGGCGCCUCUACCAGAUAGUGUCUGGACAGGAGGACCUUGUCACGACUGUACGGAAUCGCGCGGUCAAUAUCGGAUUCUGCUGGGCCAUCCCUGUUUUGGUCAUGAGCUUACAUAUCAUUGUCCAAGGACAUCGGUUCGACCUUAUCGAGACACUGGGAUGUUCUCCGGCCAUCUAUUCUUCAUGGCUAUCGCUCGUCAUCCUCGAUUUCGCUGUCUUCCUCUGCGGCCUACUCUCCACGAUAUAUUCUGCCCGCACAUUUGACGAGCUUUACGCCCGCCAUCGAACGGUGCGGAUGCGCAUCCAGUACCAUACCGACAGCGCAGGCAGCAAAUGCGCCAUGACUUUUGCCUCAUUCAUCCGGCUGUUGGUCGUGACGUUUCUCAUUGGCACCUUGACGACUGGAUUCGCUGCCUAUCAUGCUUAUCUUGAUUGGACGGAGGGUCUAAAACCCUGGGCUUCUUGGUCUUUCGUGCACAGCGACUUCAACACUGUCUGGCGGUACCCAAUGACGGACUUCACGGACAUUGAAAUCGCCACUUUGUAUAUAUUUUGGUGGCCAUGGCCUAUUGGAGCCAUCGUCUUCUUCCUCCUCUUUGGGCUAGCGCGAGAGACAAGAGAAGAAUGGACACUAGCAAUCACGAGAUUCUUCCCAAACCGGAAAAAAGAGCCGGCGCCCAAAGAGUUCAGCCCUGACUGGUCGGUGGACGUAGAGGGGGCAACAUCGACACGAAGUUUUGGGGAGGUCCUCUAUCUCAAGCCCGAAUCGGUCGAGUCGGCGUCGGCGACUCUCGCUACUAGUAGAUCAGCGCCCGUGGAAGCGAUUCCAAUGACUACUGCGGGGCCACUGCCAGCAGAACGGGGCGCGGAUAUGCUUCAUUCUCACUUGGAUGAUGCCCGUUCUCAGUCUGUUCGCCCACUCCCGAUGCUACCACCUCGUGAUAUACGCCCUAAUAUUUGA